UCGCCUGUGACCAUCAAUUUACUCCAAGGUCGGUCCGUUGAACCUACAAUUGUAACUAUCUGAUCAUGUCUCACUCAGGUGCUCAGGGUAGCAUUGGCAGCCACUCUGCCAUUGGUCUGCACAAUCACAAGGUUUACCUCUAUGAGUUUGAGAACUUCCAAGGCCGUAGGAUGGAUCUGUUCGCAGAGAACCGCAACCUGAUGGAGAAGGGUUUCGAGAGGAUCGGCUCCAUCAGGGUGGAGAAGGGACCUUGGGUGGGUUAUGAGCAGCAGAACAUGACUGGUGAGAUGUUCAUGCUGGAGAAGGGAGAGUACCCCCGAUGGAACACCUGGUCCAACAGCUACAGGUGCGACCGCUUCAUGUCCAUCAGGCCCGUCAGGAUGGAUCCCCAGGACCACAAGAUCUGCCUGUACGAGUGCCCCAACUUCGAGGGUCGUAAGAUGGAGGUGUGCGAUGAGGAUAUUCCCAGCCUGUGGUCUUACGGCUUCCAGGAUCGCGUUGCCAGCAUUCAGGUCUCCGGUGGAACCUGGGUGGGCUACCAGUACCCUGGCUACCGUGGAUACCAGUAUGUGUUUGAGAUGGGACCUAUGAAGCACUGGAAUGAGUGGGGAGCCCAACAGCCCCAGAUCCAGUCCAUCCGCAGGGUGAGGGACAUGCAGACGCACCGCAGGGGCUGCUUCGAGAUGAACGCAUAGACAGGAGUCCAGCAGACUGUGGGCUAACAGGGGGGAUAGCAGAGGGGUCGGCAUGCUGCAAACCAUCCCCUUGGAAAUUCUUCAACAGCCACCUAGCCCCAAAAGCUAAUGGCUUUUGAAUAUUGUUAUGUUUUUACUGGUAGGAUUUGGAAGUAUGUGGCUUCGUGAAUGAUUCUGAUUGUGACUGGCUUCCAGAGUCUGUAACACCGGUAAAAAUGGUAGCAAUGCUCUCUGUCUACAGACCUCAAGAUAAUGAAAGGGGGUAUGGGGAUUAGUUAAUAGCUUUUAUUAGUUAACCCUUUUAUUUUAUUUUUAUUUACUCGCCUAUGUGUUUCUAGCUGACAUGAUGCCAAUAAGCCUGUUCGCCGAAGCGUUUUUCCUCUAUCUGGGAUCCACAGAUUUUAGAGAGUAAAGGGAUAAACGAUCACAUAACUCCUCACAAAGUACUACCAUGGACAGCUGCAGUAGGUUCACCCAGCAGACACAGGCACCAUCUCCUCAUCACAAAGCAAAAGGCUCACUUCGCUGAAGAGGGCACUGGCCAGCCUGUGAUCUUCCAAGGGAAAGGUGGCUGUGCAGGGUUGUGUUUUGCAGAUGUGAAUAUCUUUUGGCCGGCCUGUUCCAGCUCAUGGAUGGGGCUAUCCAGAAGAUUCACAUUUUACACUUUCUCAGGGAUGCUGGCAUCUGGAAAGCAACUUUCCAAUGAAGAAACAAUGAAAUAAAGAUAUUAUAAAGCUGAAA